AUGUUUCCGGCUAAUGUUCAGGAGGAACCCACAUGUGAGAGAGGCAGCCCAGUGCCCAUCCUGGACGUCAGCGCCAGCCGUGAGCUCUCACGGGCAGUGCUUCCCCUCGCGCUCAGGGAAUCUCCAGCUCCAUAUCCAGAACACCUUGGACCUGCUCUGCAGCCAGAGCCAGCACCAGAGAAAGAGCCUCCUCUGGAGACAGGAGAGAAGCAGAAGCCAGCUCCACAGCACUCCUGCCUCUCUGCUGCUACUGACAAGGACAGGUCCUUGCAGAAGGUGCUCUUAGCCUUCUCUCCCAAGCUGCUGGCAGAGCAGCUGAACUUGAUGGAUGUGUUGAAGACAGUGGCAGUAAUGAAUGAAAGUCUCCCUGCAGAGUUCAUUCUACUGGGCUUUGCUGACCGACCUUGGCUGGAGCUGCCUCUCUUCAUCCUUCUCCUGAUAACCUACCCCAUGGCCAUGAUGGGAAACAUCAUCAUCAUCCUGGUGUCCAAGUUAGAGCCCCGUCUCCACAGCCCCAUGUACUUCUUCCUCAUCAACCUCUCCUUCCUGGAUGUGAGUUACACCACAAGCACUGUCCCUCAGAUGCUCUUUAACCUGGGGAGCUCCAAGAGGACCAUCAGCUAUCUGGGGUGUGCAGUUCAGCUUUAUGUCUUUCAUGUAAUGGGGGCCACAGAGUGUCUGCUCUUGGGCAUCAUGUCCUUUGACCGCUAUAUGGCCAUCUGCAGGCCUCUGCACUAUACCCUCAUCAUGAAUCAGCACCUCUGCCUCCUACUAGCAUCUAUCAUGUGGCUGACUGGGGUGAUAUUAGUAUUCUCAGAGGCCACACUUACACUACAGCUGCCAUUGUGUGGUGUCAAUAAACUGGAUCACUUUUUUUGUGAGAUUUCAGUUCUUAUCAAGACCUCCUGUGGUGAGAAGGAGGCAAAUGAGCUUGCAGUGUCUCUGAUAUCCACAUUUUUAUUAGCUUUUCCUCUGUGUUUAAUUCUUUUUUCUUAUGGUAGUAUAGGACAUACUGUACUUAAGAUUAAGUCUUCUGGAGGGAGUAAAAAGGCCUUGGGGACAUGUUCCUCCCAUCUCAUUGUAGUUUCAUUAUUUUAUGGUCCGGCCAUCAUCCUGUAUCUUCAGCCCCCCUCCUCCAUCUCCAGGGACCAGCCCAAGUUCAUGGCUCUCUUCUAUGGAGUGAUGACUCCUACCCUCAACCCCUUUAUCUAUACCCUGAGGAAUAAGGAUGUGAAGAGGGCAUUAACCAAGCUGUUGAAAAGGGCUGGAAGUUCGAAGUUUUCACUUGGAACUUGA